GUACACAAGAGGACAGACAUUGUGAACCACAUCACCCGUUUAAAGAAUCUGAUUGAUGUUCCAUUGGGACUGUUUACGAGAUUGCUUUCUAAAUUAGCCAGCUGGGUUACUUUAAAAAACAUCAUUAUUUAGAAACAAGAUCCUUGAAUGAGAGAGAUUAUCGGGACAGGAGAUACAUUGAUGAAUACAGAAAUGAGUACUGCGAAAGAUACGUUCCUAGGCAUUAUCACAGAGAUGUUGAAAGCAGUUACCGAAUCCACUGCAGUAAAUCUUCAGUCCGAAGCAGGAGAAGCAGUCCUAAAAGGAAGCAUAAUAGACACUGUUCAAGUCAUCAGUCACAUUCGGUAUGAGUGAUUUUGUUUUUAUUUGGGGGUGGAUAUUUAUUUGUGGAUAAAGCUCUAAAUGAGCCAGUAAGUUUGGAAAACGUAUAUAAUACUUGAAUUAUAUUGUAUAUUGUGUUUAUAUUACUUGAAUCCUUAAAGGAAACUUCCAAAUGCUCAUAACUAAUCUGUAUUUAUUAGUUCUCAUUUGCCCAUAUUAAUCAUUUCAUUUCCCAUAAACCACAUCACAAGUUUCUUUAUUUGAUUACUAAAAAUAUUGUUUUUAUGUUUUAUAAUAAAAUUUUAUGAAAUAAUGAACCCAACAUUUUAUUUUGAAUUUUCUUUUUUUUUUUUACUUUAAAAGAAACCCCUUUUUUGAUACUUAGAAGCAAAUAUAGAAAGUUGCACAGGUUAAUACCAAUACUUAAAUGCCCUGUAUAUUAUAGUCCCAUAGCACACUGCAUUAUUGUCUGCCACUAAUUCCAUUGAAGUUCUGAAUAUGGGUGUUGAAUGGGAAAUGUAUUUUUAAAAACCUGCCCUUUUUUUAAACACUCAGCUAUUUGAUCAGUAAUAUUUGAAAUACUGUUUUCCUCUCCAACUUUUCUUCAGAAAAACUAGCUUUGAUUAGAUUGAACAUUUAAAUUAACCAGCUGUUAUUUUUCCCUUUUAUUUUAAUUAUGUAUAUUUGAAUAUAUUGCUAAAUAAUUACAACUAAUCUUGGACAUUUUAAAAUAUUUUUCUGACAAACUAGACAUUUCAACUCACAGCAUAUGCUAUUUUAUAGCAAGAGAUUAAUAGAACAAUACAUUGCAUUCUUUAAUUUCAGACUUCAAUUAAAUCAGUAUUUUAAAGAGACAAUUGUGUUGUUUUUUUUCUAUUGCCACUUUAAGUAUCUUAUCUGAAAAUCUGUUCCUUGCCAUGUUUUUCUUCUGUAACAUAAACUGUGCCCUGUGAAUUUCUGGGGACUGAAUUUGAAAUUGCUCCUGCCAACUGUUCGUGGCCUGGUGCUUAUCUGAAUGCCUGAAUAUCUCCCCGCUGAAUGAAUUGCGUAUUCUGCCCUGAAUUCACUCUGAUAUAUUGAUUGGCUGGACGAUCUUGGUGCUGCCCACUUGCCGUUCCAGAAGAGCCACCGAAGGAAAAGAUCCAGGAGUAUAGAGGAUGAUGAGGAGGGUCACCUGAUCUGUCAAAGUGGAGACGUUCUAAGAGCAAGAUAUGAAAUUGUGGACACUCUGGGUGAAGGGGCCUUUGGCAAAGUUGUAGAAUGCAUUGAUCAUGGCAUGGAUGGCAUACAUGUAGCAGUGAAAAUUGUAAAAAAUGUAGGUCGAUACCGUGAAGCAGCUCGUUCAGAAAUCCAAGUAUUGGAGCAUUUAAAUACUACUGAUCCCAACAGUGUUUUCCGAUGUGUCCAGAUGCUAGAAUGGUUUGAUCACCAUGGUCAUGUUUGUAUUGUAUUUGAAUUGCUGGGACUUAGUACCUAUGAUUUCAUUAAAGAAAAUAGCUUUCUACCAUUUCAAAUUGAUCACAUCAGGCAGAUGGCUUAUCAGAUCUGCCAGUCAAUAAAUUUUUUGCAUCAUAAUAAGUUAACUCAUACAGAUCUGAAGCCUGAAAAUAUUUUAUUUGUGAAGUCUGACUAUGUAGUCAAAUAUAAUUCUAAAAUGAAACGUGAUGAACGCACACUGAAAAACACAGACAUCAAAGUUGUUGACUUUGGAAGUGCAACAUACGAUGAUGAACAUCAUAGUACUUUGGUAUCUACACGGCAUUACAGAGCUCCAGAGGUCAUUUUGGCUUUAGGUUGGUCUCAACCUUGUGAUGUCUGGAGCAUAGGUUGCAUUCUUAUUGAAUAUUACCUUGGUUUCACGGUCUUUCAGACUCAUGACAGUAAAGAGCACCUGGCAAUGAUGGAAAGAAUAUUAGGACCUAUACCAACACACAUGAUUCAGAAAACAAGAAAACGCAAGUAUUUUCACCAUAACCAGCUAGAUUGGGAUGAACAUAGUUCUGCUGGUAGAUAUGUUAGGAGACGCUGCAAACCAUUAAAGGAAUUUAUGCUUUGUCAUGAUGAAGAACACGAGAAACUGUUUGACCUGGUUCGAAGAAUGUUAGAAUAUGAUCCAGUGAAAAGAAUUACCUUAGAUGAAGCAUUGCAGCAUCCCUUUUUUGAUUUAUUAAAAAACAAGUGAAAUGGAAAUCAGUGGUCAUAACUGUAUACUUCUCUGGAAGAGGUUACUUAAGACUAUCAACUCGAAACAUUCUAAUAUUUUUGUAAGCAUUAAAUUAUUUUGUACAGUUAAGUGUAAAUACACUAUGUUUUAUAUCAAUAGCAUAAUUAUCUUGUUAAGCAAGUAUGGAGUACAGUCUUGAUAGUGAAUGAAAUAUAAAAGUUAAUUUUCCUUUUUGAGAUUAACAUUUUAAAAGACUUGACUAUUUUUUGUGUCCAGUGAUAAAUGUGAUUGAUCUUAUCUUUUAUACAUGGAGGCAGAAUUUUAAAGUUUUGUGAGGUUUUUUGUUUUGUUUUAUUUUUUAGUAAAAGGAAAUCUUGACUACUUUA